AUGAUAUCGAUAUCAGAGAUAUCAAAGUCCAUGAUUCCGCACAAGACAGAGGAAGACCAUAGAAACAAAUGGGCGCCAAUAAGUAGAGCGACUCAGUCAUAUAGAGAGGAAGAGGAUAGGUUAAAUUUUGAGAGUGAGAACCCAACACCACGAAUAACAGGCAGAAAGAGACUGGAUACACCUGACUUGUCUCCUCGACGUGGUGGAGGUGUUUACAACUCAGACCAAUCGCCACCUAGGAAAAAAUCUUCGCAUAGAGCUGUAAGAGAUUCAGUCCAUAAUGGGAGGCAAGAUGCCUCUCCCGCAGCAGAUCAGAGUCCUCCAAGAGCUAGGCGGAGAAGGCAUGAUUCUGGUGAUUCUCUACCAGAGCAGUCACAAGAUCACAGUCUUGACUCACCACGGUUACAAGAAAGUCCCAAUAGGUCUCCUGUGAGGAGACGUAGGAAUGAUUCUUCUGACCUUUCACCUCCCAGGUCGGAACUGAAUAAAGAAUUGGAUCAAUCACCGCUAAGGAAAAGAGCAAAUAGUGAGUCUGAUCAGUCACCUGUUAGAAAACGUGCAAACAGUGAAUCUGAUCAGUCACCCCCUAGAAAACAUGGUAAUGGUGAUUCAGACCAGUCACCACCAAGAAGACAAAAAAAACCUGAUAGGAGAGACAUAAGAACAGAAAGUGGGAAACAAAAGAGAGUGGAUAAACAUGAAGAAAGAAUGGCUAGUGGACAGAAAGCUGGUCUUCUGAGUGGAAGUGACUUGAAGCGAGAAAAUGAAAGGAAACGGCAGAGAGAAGCUGAAAUGUUUGCUACAAUGGAUCCAAGUAUAUCAGGCAAAGGUUCAGAAACAGUGUACCGAGAUAAAUUGGGAAGAAAAAAGGACAUCAAGUUAGAGAGAAUUAAAAGAAGGGAGGAGGAAAGAAAGGAGACAGAAGAGAAUGAGAAAUUUAUGGAGUGGGGAAGAGGGGUAGCACAAACUAGAGAAAAUGAGGAAAAAGUUGCUGAUUAUCUACAUGAAGUGGAUAAACCACUGGCUCGGUACCGUGAUGAUGUUGACCUAGAUAAAAUGUUGAAAGAUCAGGAAAGAGAUGAUGAUCCCAUGUUGGCUUACAUGAAGCAGAAAAAGGCUAAACAGAAUGUAAUGGAGGGAAAGAAAGAAAAACCUGUGUACAAGGGCCCAGAUCCUCCCCCAAACAGAUUUAACAUCAGACCAGGAUACCGCUGGGAUGGUGUGAACCGCUCGAAUGGCUUUGAGAACAAACGAUUUGCCAUGUUAGCCAACAAAGCUGCUGCACAGACAGAUGCAUAUAAAUGGAGCACUGAAGAUAUGUGA